CGGGUAUUCUGACUCAGACGUCAAUAGCGGAAGCGACAGAGAACCAAUGGAAGAGGGCUCUUGCUAUGUCGAUAUCAAAAACAAAGCUCAUGGACGCAAGCUUCUUGCUGAACUUGCCAGCCAGCGUAAGAACGGGGAAUUCCUUGAUGUUGUGGUACAGGUAGAGGGUAGGGAGUUCCCUUGUCACCGGGCCGUGCUGGCAUCUACACUAUACUUCAAAACCAUGCUGUCGUCCAACUUCGCUGAAAGUACCUCAAAGGCCGUGCAACUCCAUGGCAUGGACUCCUCCAGCUUCUCUAAGAUCCUGGACUUCCUGUAUACCGGGGAAAUACGCAUCGGUAAAGACCAGGGGCGGAUCCAGGAUUUUACGGCGCACAUGCUACAGUUCGACACGAUGCUGCAGCACUGCAAGAAAUUCAUCCAAGACAACCUUUGCCCGAAUAACUGUCUAGGCGUCUUGCGCCUGGCACACAUGUAUGAUGAUCUUUCUGAACUGAAGAAGAGUGCGAGGACCAUGGCAGUCUCAAACUUCUCAGAAGCCACACAAGAUGAGGAGUUCCUUAGCCUUUCAUUGGAGGAUCUCUUAGAUCUACUCGGAGUCGAAGAUUUGAAAGCUACGACUGAAGACGACGUUGUCAGUUUUGUGAUAAGGUGGCUCGACCAUGCCCCCGAGAGCCGUCGACGUCAAACAGCAAUCUUAAAGAUUUUGCCAGAGAUCCGUUUAUCUUGCGUGAGGGUCAGCGUGCUACGGAAGCUCGAGUUACACCCUGUGAUACGAGAGUCCACAGAAUGCCUGGCAUAUAUCAUAGCAGCAAGAGAGAGACAUCUUCUCGGUACACAGGUAGAGAAAGAAGAAGCAAGAAGUAGUAACAGACGAGGGGUAUCGGAUAAGCUGGCAAUCAUUGUCGGCGGUUGGAAGGCAGUCAAUAAGCCACAUCUCCGCGAUAACGAUGAGUCAGAACCCCUUCCAGUACGGCCUUCACCCGGGCCCAUGCAAAGCAUAAUUUGCUUAGAUCCAGAUAAUCAACAAUAUUACCACAUAGCUAACCUUCCAACGCCUGCCAAUGGGUACAUGGGCGUGGCAAGUGCAGGGGGACACCUGUACGUGACAGGCGGGCGGGAGAAGCGUCUUACCGCCAAGGGUCCUCACCCUGUUCCAUCCAGGCAAGCCUUUCGGUACCAUUUUCCCUCAGACAAGUGGCUGAGGUUGCCCGACAUGCCUGCUGGCAGGGCAGGGCAUCAGUCGGUGGUUGUUGACGGGAAACUCUUUCUGGUCGGCGGUGACGCUGAGGACACGUCUUCGUAUACGGUGACCAUGGAUUGCUAUGAUCCCGAAGAAGCUUUUUGGAUAAAGAUACUCGUGCCACCUACACUAUUCACACAGUCAUUCACAAAGUUAACGAUGACAACUUUUGGGGACAAGGUUGUAUUCAUCACGGUGACUCCAACUGAGUUAGAGAGACUCUUUAACCUGUGUGUGCAUUUGUUUGAUGUGAAAACUAACGGUUGGAGGAAAGCCGAUACAUUUUUGGGGAACGCUUGGGCGAAGGUCCCAGACGUCUUUCUUCCGACUUCUGCCAAUGGCAAGCUUUACAUCCGUGCCGUAUAUACAGAGACAACACAUUAUUCCGAACAGUACAUUUUCGAUGGCGAGAAGGAGACUCUUAAUCGUGACGAUAAACAAUAUUUUAUGGAUGACUUCCUUGGUGCCCGAAGGGAGUACCACUACUUCUCCACGAAAGGAAAAGAAAUCGUGGAUACCAUCAGCAACUACGGGUUCGGAAACAACUACUGUCCAAUAAAGCGUGCACCUCUUCCCUUUGCCUUAUUCGGCCAAAGCUUUCUUGAAAUCCAAAAGAGCCGAAUCGGAUGGUACUGCCGAGACGUUGCCGCACUAGCACUGGAGGAAUGA